AUGAUAUUAGCGUGUUUUACAUUCAUCAAACUUGUGAACAACUUUUCCGACUAUCAUAUAGUGUAUAAAACAUUUCCCACCGUUUCGUGCGAUAAACAACAUAUACAGUCACCGCUCGUAAAACCGGACCCUCCGGAUCAGUACAACACACGUGGUUUUCCCUUCGAUAUAGUGCCCAAUAUUAUACACUAUGUGUUGUUUAAUGUAAGUGAGAUACACUUCGCCCACUUUAUUAGCAUACUAUCGGUGCUCAAAAACCAACGCCCGGACCGGAUAUACAUUCACUGCGAUUGCCGCGAACUACGGGGUGACCGCUGGCGCCGUGUGGUAGCCAUAGCCCGCCUGACGGGCACUGAGUUAACCGUACGGACCAUUGAUAGGCCGACCGAAGUGUUUGGCCGUAAUCUGAGUGUAGAGUACGGCUUAUGGCACGCGGCGGACGUCACACGCAUUCAAGCGCUCCGCGAGUUUGGCGGCGUUUAUCUCGACCGCGAUGUUUAUGUUAUCAAAAGUUUUAGCGAGUUUUUCAAAUACGAAAUGACGGUUGAUUUUGAAACAGAAAACGUGCUUUGUAAUCAAGUUUUAAUUACUCAUAAAAAUGCUCGAUUCCUAUCUCAAUACUACGAAACUUACCGCGAAUACAAUGCGAGUGAAUGGUAUUAUAAUGCGGGCGAACGGCCUGUGCUGGAGGUGAUCAACAAACAGCCACACAUUAUACACCGUAUGGACGGCCAGUUUGGGUGCCGGCCCUCAAUCUGUCCCUAUCUAUACACUGAGGCCAACAAGGAUUGGAAAACUAGUGGCUAUUAUUCAAUACAUUUUCUGAUUAGAGGCGACGAGUUGUCGCAAAUCUAUUGGUGUUUAGGCGGCAAAACACCCGCCGUUUACCGCUUUAAUGAGACAAUUGUUGAGUCGCUGAGCAAUACAUUCGGUUCAAUGGCUAGAGAUGUGCUUCACUUUGAAUUGCAAUUACUUAAUCAUUCACCGCCCGAUCAGUACAACAUAAGUGGCUUUCCCUUCGAUAUAGUGCCCAAUAUUAUACACUAUGUGUUGUUUAACGUAAGUGAGAUACACUUCGCCCACUUUAUAAGCAUACUAUCGGUGCUCAAAAAUCAACGCCCGGACAAAAUAUACAUUCACUGCGAUUGCCGCGAACUACGGGGUGACCGCUGGCGCCGUGUGGUAACCAUAGCCCGCCAGACGGGCACUGAGUUAACCGUACGGACUAUCGAUAGGCCGACCGAAGUGUUUGGCCAAAAACUGAGCGCAGAGAGCGGCUUAUGGCACGCGGCGGACAUCACACGCAUUCAAGUGCUCCGCGAGUUUGGCGGCGUUUAUCUCGACCGCGAUGUAUAUGUUAUCAAAAGUUUUAACCCGUUUUAUAAAUACGAAAUGACCAUUGAUUUCGAAAACGAAAACCUGCUUUGUAAUCAAAUUUUAAUU